AGAUACGUAUAGUUUUGAUCGCAGUUUGAUAACAAAUUGCGAAAUAUACUCCUAUAUAAUGAGUUGCAAAUGUCUGACAAAAGUGAAUUUCAAUAAAAAUAACACAAUGGAACAGUUGCAAACGGCUCUUACGACAAUAAAAGUGUUGCGAUCAAGUGUAGGUCAAGUUUUUGAUUCUUUGGGAAGUGGACUUCGUGCGGAACAUGGAGACGAAAAUAAGGAAACAAAAUAUUGAUUGGAGCUUCAGGAACUCUUGACGACUGUUAAUGUUAAUCUAAGAGAUGUCGAGCAGGCAGUGAGUAGUUUAAACCCUCCACCAGGCCCAUUUAAUUUAGCAAGUACUGCCUAUCUGAGUCAAGAAACAACACAAGAAAGACAGGCCCUUUAUGGCACUCUUGUUAAUAGUUAUAAAUGGACUGAUAAGGUUCAUGAAUAUAGCAACGUUGCACAGGCAUUGCUCAGUCAAAAUUCUUUGAAACGAUCCUAUACAAAUUCUAAUAGAACAAAAAGAGGGAGAAUACAAACAAGUAGUCACAACGUGUCACCACAGCAAGUUGAUUUAUUCAUAUCAACAUUUGAUCGUCAAUUCAAUGAUAUGACAGUCUCUGUAUCACGACCAUUUGCAUCUAAUGCUGUGCUCCGUGUAACGUUAGAACAUGUUUUGGGAGCAGAUGCAGCAUAUCACGUACAGUCAUUGGCUACCUCUGAUCCUGGGAACAGAAAACUCACAGAUUAGCAUUUAUUUGUUGUGUCAUGUGUUAUAUUUUCUAGUAUGUACAUAAACAGGUUUUACAAUAGUAGAUCGUCUGUACAUGAACAA